AUGGGAACACAGCUGCCCUUUCAGGAAGAAUGUUGCCCAAAAGGGAGGAAAUACACUGUUCAGACGCCGUGGGGUCGGCCCACACUGCCCGUCCCCAUGGCGUCUGAACAGUUGCCGUUGCGACGAACGGCGGGGUUUGAGCAGGCUCGUGGGCUCCUUGGUCAGAUUGGUUGGCCAAGAACACCGUUCAGCAGUGUGCUCCAGCACGGAAUUUCUCCGGCCUUGUGUUUGCAGGUGGACUCGACUGGCCAAAGGAUUUAUGGCCAACCGCACAUUGACAAUGCACGAGGAUGCGGACACACGUGGACAAACACGCCUGGAGGAAGUGGAAGAUAUCGAGAUACCACCCCUCAUGGGGGACACUUUAAGCGAGGCAGAGCUGCAGGAGUUUUACCCAGAGCUCGCCAAAUGGCCGUGCACAACCACUGCGUCCGAAGACAAGGGGCCAGGUGCUUCAGUACCACCGGAGGUGCCGACUCCGCGAUCCGACGCAAUGUUCUGGAGGCGAUAGGAAGUUAUGACUCAGAGGUGGCCGACGAGCUCAGAACUAACAACCGGUACCGUGACCUGUUGUGGGAAGGGACAAUCCCAGACCUCCCAGAAUUUGGACCCCCCUUACGGGCGCACGGCGGUCAGCGAUGCAUUUUGCAAGGUGUGUUGUGA